CCCCUUCCUCGGGGGACCCCCGCUCGGCCGGCCGCCGCGAUGCAGCCGCGGGCAAACAGCCUCCGCCGGAGGAGACCCCUGCCCGCCUCCGCCGCCCUCCUCCUCCUUCUUUGGGGCGCCGCCAGCGGGGUCGCCCGGCGCGAGUUGCAAGUCAUUGACCUCCUGACCGUCACCGAAACUCGACAUAUGACCAACGUCGCGAACAAAAUCCGGACCGAGAUUUUAUCUGUCCAUGAUAUGUACCUUUUAUCAACUUUCCACUUGCCCCCAAAACAAGGUGGUCCCCUAUUCGGCCUUCACUACAAGAAGGAUAACAGCCGAUGGUUUGAAGUCUCCGUAGUUGGCAAAACGAAUAAAGUCCUCGUCCGAUACUUACGUGCCGAUGGGAAGCUCCACUCGGUCAAUCUGCAGAAUUCCAACCUGUCGGAUGGACGUAGCCACACGCUUCUCCUGCGGGUCAGCGGCCUGAAAGCCAGCAGCUUGUCCUUGGAGCUGUACGUGGAUUGCAAGCUGCUGGACUCCAAUAGGGGGCUGCCCGAAUUGGCAUCGAUUGACCAGGAAAAAACCGAACCCAUCGAAGUGAGAACGGGACAGAAAACCUAUCUUCGGAUGGAGGGGUCUCUGGAAUCGCUCAAACUGAUUCUCGGAGGGUCCCUCGGUCGCGUGGGAGCCUUGAGUGAGUGUCCAUUUCAAGAGGACGAAUCCAUGCAGAACACAG